AUGGACCCUGAAGUUGAAUCAGAAAAGUCUGAAGAAGUGACUGAUCAAGAAGUCGAUGAAAGUUCUAGUGCAGAAGAAGAGGAAGAAGACAACUCAAAACAGUUUGAAAUUAAAGACAUUGAGCCAAAACCAUAUGAAAGUAAAACCAUCCAAGAAACCGAAGACGAGGUAAAAAGUCUUACUGUCCCAGCAACGCGGCCUUUGCUCAGCUUAAAAAUAGCUAAGAAAAGAAGGUACUAUGGCCAAAUCAUGACCAAGUUUUCGACCACAGAAUCAGCCCAGCCUCUAGAGAUCAUGCAUAUGCGCGAUCCUAACUUCAAAAAAGAAAACUAAGCUGUAUUAAACUGAAAUUGCUAAAGGCUAAAUAUUUUAAAUUUAAUAUAAAUUAUCAGCAUCAAAUAGCCAUUAUAAAGUAUACAAAUUAACACUUGAAAUCGGGCUACAAGCAGGCUGUGGUAUCAAGCUGCUUCCUCAGCCAAAGGGGAGAGGUUUCCAAAGCAAUUACUUCAUUUCUUCACAGAAGACGUCAAUUUACAGUAAAGAAGACUUCUAUGACGAACACAUGACUUUGAUAGACAAAAUCGAAGAUGUCACUGAAGCCCCAAAACUUGAACAUUUUAUUAGAAAUGUCGAGGUAUAUAUAGCAAUAUUUAAAUUGAAAAUUUAAAAUUUAUAUAUAAAAAUAGGGAUAGUUUAUAUAAAAAUAGGAUAAAAAUUGAAGAAGCUUUGCAGUCUAAUGAAACCAUUGAUGUUUUUCAUGAUGAAUUCGAAAUUUUAGGAGACAAAGAAGGAGAAUCAGGCGGGUCAGGAGGAAAUUUAGCAAAUUUAAUGACUGAGACUAGAACUUUUUAUAAUUUAGAUUUCACAAGAGAAAAAACUAUCACUGAUAUACAGUGGGAGCCUGGAAAAGAUAAUGUGAUUGCAGCUUGCUGUGUAGAAAAUUUCGAUUUUUCUGAAAGGGUUGAGAAGUCAGGCAGCAAUAUUAUUGGGACUGUUAUGAUAUGGAGCUUUGCAGAGUUUAAUAGUAUCAUUAUGGUACUAAAAGCACCUUUAGAAAUCACUUGUUUUAGGUUUAAUCCUAAUAAGACAAAUAUUAUUGUAGGUGGGACUAUAUCAGGGACUGUGGUAAUAUGGGAUACUAAAUUAUAUUAAUUAAAGUUAUAUGAAAUUUUAGAUUUUAAAAAUAUGCCUUAAUUUAUAUAAAAAUAAAAAAAAAAAAAAUAUGACUGAUAAUUGAUUUUUAUUAAGGAAACAGUAUAGUAAAUGAUAAAAGCAGAAGAGAUAUGCUCCCCAAGCAGCAUGAAGCACCUGAACUAAACCUAUUGACGUCCUCAGGUAUUUUUGAUUCCCACAAAGGCCCAGUCCGAAGCUUAUGCUGGCUCCCCACCCAAGUAAAAAUUGAAAGGAAAAAUCAUUUCCUCCUCCUUCCAGACCCCCAAGAUGUCACUCAAAUUGCAACUCUUUCAGAAGAUGGGCUGAUUUUAUUCUGGGAAACAAAUUUUCCAUUAGAUAAAAACCCUUUAAAAAACGCUGAUUACCAAUGGCAGCCACUAUUAAAAGUCCAGUUAACUCGUCCAGAUAACCGAAACGACAUAGGAGGCUCAGGGAUUUGGAUUUCCCCAAGUCAAAAAGACACCCAGUUUUGGGCUACAAGUGACUCUGGAGAUUUAUUAAGAGUAGAUUGGCUUGCCAGAGCUAUUGAUGAAGGCCGUCCAGAAUACGUCAAAAAAAUCUAUUUCGGAGAUGUUUCGUAUAGACCUGCUCUAUCCCUACAAGUUUCCCCAUUUUUCUCUGAUAUUGUACUUACAGUCCAUGAUUUUCAUUUUACUAUUUGGAAAGACUCUUGUGAUAUCCCUAUUUUCCAAUCUUAUUACCAUGCUACUUAUUUAACCUGCGGAGCAUGGUCACCUAUGCGUCCAGCUAUGCUUUUUAUUGGCAGAGCUGAUGGAAGAAUUGAUGUCUGGGACUUUUUAGACCAAUCUCAUAAGUUAAGUUAAAUUCUAUAAGGCCAUAAGCGGGUAGACCGAUAGCCUGCAUAUCAGACGUAAACCCACCUAACUAAAGAUUAACUCCUAGGUUAGAGUCACCUCUUUCAUGCCCGGCUAGUCCCGAUAAGCAAAGACUAAUUGGAUUCAAAACCUGUCUAGCCCAUUUGGGAGAGGGAAAAUUUUCGAUGGACAAACAAAACCUUCCUCUUCGACAGGCAUCCCCAAACCCAAAGGCUUACUUCAAAAAGUGACAGAGAGCCUAUUUUAAGUUUUAUUGGGGACGGUCCUACAUGCUCCAUAGUGAGUGUGUCUUGGAGUCCAUCUUCCAUCUCAUCACCAUUAUAUUUCCCCAAUUUCAUAAGGAGUCCUUAUAUCACAAUAUUUCCGGGCAAAGAAUUUCGACUAUGACGUUUUUGAAUUUAAAGAAAACCCAUAACCAAAUAUUGGCGACUGGGGAUAUUAAAGGAAAUGUCCACAUUAUUGAGAUACAUAGACAUGCUUCAAAAGAUGUGGAAAGAGAAAAGAAAACAAUUUAUGAGUUUUGGUGCAAAGAAGAAGAAAGGGUUAGCUAUUUUGCAGAAAGAUUUGAGGUAAGAAGUGAAGAGUUUAGACAGCAGGAAAUAUUGAGAAGACAACAGCAGCAUAACCAAGCUCAGAGUAGUUAA